AGACAUGUAGGAUGAAGCAGUUACCUCUUCAUAUUUUGGUCCUUUUUCUGUUAUGGUCUACACAUGCAUACGAUAACAGAUGUGGGGAUGUCUGUGGCCGCCGUCCUUUGGCCUCCAGUCACAGUAGCAACCUGCGGAUCGUGGGUGGCACCGAUGCGCUCCCAGGAACGUGGCCUUGGAUUGUCAGCAUCCAGAUACCCACCCUGACUGGCUACAAGCACACCUGUGGGGGGUCCCUCAUCAGCCCUCGCUGGGUCAUCACAGCAGCUCACUGCUUCCUCAACAAAAGAUACCUAGAACACUGGAAGCUGGUUUUGGGUGCUGCUCAGCUUUCUCGGCCUGGUCCGGAUGCCCAGGAACGCACCAUCAAGAACCUGGUGGAGCACCAGCAAUACGUACGUUCCACCCACUUCAACGACGUGGCCUUGAUGGAGCUAAGCCACCCAAUCAACUGCAGUGACUACAUCCAACCUGCCUGCCUGCCGGACAUGGGUGUGGAGGUUUCAUCGCUGACCCACUGCUACGUCAGCGGCUGGGGAGUGACCGAUGUCUCAAAGCCAAAUGUGACCUCGGAUAUCCUGCAAGAAGCCAAAGUAAACCUCAUCCCCACAACCACAUGUAACAGCACUGCCUGGUAUGACAAGAAAAUCCAUCACAACAAUAUCUGCGCUGGGCAUGAGGAAGGAGGCAUUGACACUUGCCAGGGUGACAGUGGUGGUCCUCUCAUGUGUCGGGAGCAAAGGUCCGAGCGUUUCUGGCUUGUCGGUGUCACCAGCUGGGGCGCUGGCUGUGCCAGGUCCAUGAGGCCCGGCAUCUAUUCCUCCACACAACUUUUCCUGAACUGGAUCAAAGACAUGACCAAGGAGAACUUUUUCAAGACUCCUCGCCCACCCAAAAAAAGACCCCCGUCAAAGCCGCUGGAUCAGCUGUGGCAACAAACCACCCCCUCGAAUGGAAACCAGCAGCUUGAGAACUGGGUUCAACCCAGGCCGAAGCCAAUAAUGUCUCCUCCAAGGCCACCUUCCGCAAAUGAAAUCCAACAGUUUGAGAACUGGGCUGCAGCUCAGACAAGGCCUAGUACGCAACCCACCCCACCGUUCACCAUGCCUUGGCCUCAGGACCUUCUGUCAUCGCAGCCACUAGCACCAACACUACCGCUGCAGACAUUAUUCCCCCCGCCCCCGCCCCCACCCCCACUUCCUGUUCAGACCCUGUCCCCAUGGGGUUCACAGGAUGUGCAGAACUGGAACCAAGGCUGGGCUCCAGUUUACCGGCCUCCCCCCAGAACCAGGCCCACCGCGGUGCCUUGGCCAGGAUAUGGUGCACAGCAGCCCCAGACAUGGGGCAACGUGGCUGUGACUAGGACAAGAGCUCCCUAUUAUGGUGGAUACUACCCUAACUGGAACAUGCCCAGGCCUCCCCUUCAAACCACUUCAGGGUGGCAGGUCCAGAAAUGGUCUCGCCCAACGACCCCCUUGAGUUACAUCUGGUACUCGAGAUGGAGCAGGUCCCCUAAGUAGGCCCAGUGCCCCACUCCACAAUCAGCCAGUCAUUUUCUGACUUCCCCUUCCCAUCUGUCAAGCAAGCUUCAAGAGCAUAUAGUUUGGGGGGGUCUGUCCCCUCCCUUCCUCCUACUCCAGGUCUCAAGCUGGGUUGCCCAAGAGAAGAUAGUCACCCUUUAACAGAUCGAUGUAAACAGAGAGAGAGAGGAGACACAACAGAUGCUGGAGGUGUGCAGUAGUAAAACAGCCGCUGCCGCAGGAUUGGCUGUGGAUGCUUGGUUCUGAGGCCUUGAUGUUUUGGGGGACUCACGGGGAGAGCCUACCUGGAUAAGGAGACACCUGGAUCGUUCAGCAGCUGGCUUCAUUCAUGCCUACCAACUAUUUCAAAGAAAAGACUGGAGGCUGCCCCUUUCCUGGGGCAGGCUGGUCUUCUGUUGAGCAGCAUUUGUAAUUCUAUAUUAGCAAUAAAGUGGUGCUUCUUCUAA